AUGGCGCGGCCCGUGUGCUGGGGCUCGCCCGCAAAUCCUGGCUCCACAGAGAGAACAGCCCAGAAAAGAAAGUUCCCCAGCCCUCCGCAUUCUUCCAAUGGCCACUCGCCACAGGACACAUCAACAAGCCCCAUUAAAAAGAAAAAGAAACCCGGCUUACUGAACAAUAACAAUAAGGAGCAGGAUGGACGGAAUGAUUUCUACUGCUGGGUUUGUCACCGGGAAGGCCAAGUCCUUUGCUGUGAGCUCUGUCCCCGGGUUUAUCACGCUAAGUGUCUGAGACUGACAUCGGAACCAGAGGGGGACUGGUUUUGUCCUGAAUGUGAGAAGAUUACAGUAGCAGAAUGCAUCGAGACUCAGAGUAAAGCCAUGACAAUGCUCACCAUUGAACAGCUCUCCUACCUGCUCAAAUUUGCCAUUCAGAAAAUGAAACAGCCAGGGACGGAUGCAUUCCAGAAGCCUGUUCCAUUGGAACAGCAUCCCGACUACGCGGAAUACAUCUUCCAUCCUAUGGAUCUUUGUACAUUGGAAAAGAAUGCUAAAAAGAAAAUGUAUGGCUGUACAGAAGCUUUCCUGGCCGACGCAAAGUGGAUUUUGCACAACUGCAUCAUUUAUAAUGGAGGAAAUCACAAAUUGACCCAGAUAGCGAAAGUAGUCAUCAAAAUCUGUGAGCAUGAGAUGAAUGAAAUUGAAGUAUGUCCAGAGUGUUACCUAGCUGCUUGCCAGAAACGAGAUAACUGGUUCUGUGAGCCUUGUAGCAAUCCACAUCCUUUGGUCUGGGCAAAACUGAAGGGGUUUCCGUUCUGGCCUGCAAAAGCUCUGAGGGAUAAAGAUGGACAGGUCGAUGCUCGUUUCUUUGGACAACAUGACAGGGCCUGGGUUCCAAUAAAUAAUUGCUACCUCAUGUCCAAAGAAAUUCCUUUUUCUGUGAAAAAGACGAAAAGCAUCUUCAACAGUGCAAUGCAGGAGAUGGAGGUGUAUGUGGAGAACAUCCGCAGGAAGUUCGGGGUUUUUAACUACUCUCCCUUCAGGACACCGUACACGCCCAACAGCCAGUACCAAAUGCUGCUCGAUCCCAGCAAUCCCAGCGCGGGUGCUGCCAAGAUAGACAAGCAGGAGAAGGUCAAGCUCAACUUCGACAUGACGGCGUCCCCCAAGAUCUUGAUGAGCAAGCCCAUGCUGAGCGGGGGCACGGGCCGUCGGAUCUCCUUGUCCGAUAUACCACGCUCCCCCAUGAGCACAAACUCUUCCGUGCACACGGGCUCCGACGUGGAGCAGGACGCCGAGAAGAAGGCCACGUCGAGCCACUUCAGCGCCAGUGAGGAGUCCAUGGACUUCCUGGACAAGAGCACAGCUUCACCAGCCUCUGCCAAGACGGGACAAGCAGGGAGUUUGUCCGGCAGCCCGAAAACCUUCUCUCCUCAAGCGUCCACGCCCAUCACGACGAAAACGGACAAAACGUCUACCACUGGAAGCAUCCUGAAUCUUAACUUGGAUCGAAGCAAGGCCGAGAUGGACCUAAAGGAGCUGAGCGAGUCGGUCCAGCAGCAGACCGCGCCCGUCCCCCUCCUCUCGCCCAAGCGGCAGAUCCGCAGCAGAUUCCAGCUAAAUCUCGACAAGACCAUAGAGAGCUGCAAAGCACAAUUAGGCAUAAAUGAAAUCUCAGAAGAUGUUUACACGGCUGUGGAGCACAGCGAUUCGGAAGAUUCAGAGAAGUCCGAUAGUAGUGAUAGUGAGUAUAUCAGUGAUGAUGAACAGAAGUCCAAGAAUGAGCCAGAGGACGCAGAAGACAAAGAGGGUAGUCGGGUGGACAAAGAGCCAUCGGCUGUCAAAAAAAAACCCAAACUGGCAAACCCAGUGGAGACUAAGGAGGAGCUGAAAAGCACAUCACCGGCCAGCGAGAAAGCAGAUCCCGGCUCGGUCAAGGAAAAGGCAAGCCCCCAGCCUGAGAAGGACUUCUCCGAAAAAGCAAAAGCCUCCCCUCACCCUGCAAAGGAUAAACUGAAGGGGAAAGAUGAGACGGAUUCCCCAACAGUACAUUUGGGCCUGGACUCCGAUUCAGAAAGUGAACUUGUCAUAGAUUUAGGAGAAGACCAUACUGGGCGGGAGGGUCGAAAAAAUAAGAAGGAACCCAAAGAAACAUCUCCCAAGCAGGAUGUCGUAGGUAAAGCUCCACCAUCCACUACGGCGGGCGGCCAGUCCCCACCCGAAACUCCGCUCCUCACCCGCUCCUCCUCCCAAACUCCCACGGCUGGUGUCACGGCCACCACCAGCACCACGUCCACCGUCACGGCCCCGGCCGCCGCCGCCACGGGAAGCCCGGUGAAAAAGCAGAGGCCGCUUUUACCGAAGGAGACUGCCCCGGCCGUGCAGCGGGUCGUGUGGAACUCGUCAAGUAAGUUUCAAACGUCUUCCCAAAAGUGGCACAUGCAGAAGAUACAGCGCCAACAGGACAGCCAACAGGAGAGCCAGCAGCAGCCACAGUGCUCCCAGGGGACGAGAUAUCAGACCAGACAGGCUGUGAAAGCUGUGCAGCAGAAGGAGAUCACACAGAGCCCAUCCACCUCCACCAUCACCCUGGUGACCAGCACCCAGUCGUCGCCUCUGGUCACCAGCUCGGGGGCCACGAGCACCCUCGCGUCCUCAGUCAGCGCAGACCUGCCCAUCGCCACUGCCUCCGCUGAUGUUGCUGCGGACAUUGCCAAGUACACUAGCAAAAUGAUGGAUGCAAUAAAAGGAACGAUGACAGAAAUCUACAACGAUCUUUCUAAAAACACUACUGGGAGCACAAUAGCCGAGAUUCGCAGGCUGAGGAUCGAGAUCGAGAAGCUGCAGUGGCUGCACCAACAGGAGCUCUCGGAAAUGAAGCACAACUUGGCUACUGCUCCUCAGCAGGAAGCAGACGCCGAGGUAAACACAGAAACACUAAACAAGUCUUCUGGCACACAGGCGGCCCCUACGGAUGCCGCCAGCACCUCGAAAGACAAGGAGCCUUCCACGGAGAAAAGCAAGGACAGCGGCUCGACCCUCGACCUUUCUGGCUCCAGGGAGACGCCCUCCUCCAUUCUCUUAGGCUCCAACCAAGGCUCUGACCAUUCCCGGGGCAGUAAGUCUAGUUGCUGGGGCAGCAGCGACGAGAAGCGAGGAUCCACACGCUCCGAGCACAACGCCAGUGCCAGUUCGAAGAGCCUCCUCCCGAAAGAGUCUCGGCUGGACACCUUCUGGGACUAG